UUGCGCUCGGAGACUGGGCGCUCAAGUCGUGCUGCAGGUGACUGGCACUCUGUCUUGCUGGACUUUUCUGGAUCCCCCAAACUCCGACCCGAAAUGACGGCGGCCAAGCGGACGGCGAAGGAGCUGGAGGACCUUCAGCAGGAGCUUCCCCCGUACCUGCGGGACCUGACCUACAACCCUACCAACGUGCUGGAAUGGCACAUGCUGCUGUUGCCUGAGCGAUCUCCUUACAACCUCAAGGCCUUCAAGCUGUGCAUCACAUUCCCCCGGGCUUACCCACUUAUGCCCCCCAGCGUGGCAUUCACAACCCCGAUCUACCACCCUUCAGUGGACGACAGUGGACAGGUGUGCCUGGCCAUCACCAGCGAUGAAAACUGGAAUCUUCACAAGAAGGCCUACCAAGUCUUGGAUGCUGUCAACACGCUGGUGAAUCACCCGGAGUCAGGGGAGCCCCUGCAGUUGGCCCUGGCCGAAGAGUUGGAGAAGGACCCGGAGCUGUUCAACAGGCAUGCAGAAGAGCACACCCUCGAGAAUGGUGUGGAGCGGCCCAGCUAAAUCGGCCCAGACCCUCUCUGCAUUCAUCCCCCUGGAUCGGCUAGGGGUCUUUGGUCUUGGCCGAGUCCCUGUUUAUUGUCUUUCUUUCUUACCAUG